AUGGCGAGAAUCAUGAAAAACAGUCUCGAUAGGAACUAUUCGGUCUACGUAGAAAUGGAUGCUUUGAAGCUUGCUCGAGAACUGGUAAACCAACAGGAAACGGAUGAGGCCUUCUUUAUCUGCGGCUUGCGAGACUUGGAGCAAAAAGUGAAACUGUGGCAGCAGGAGUUGCCACAAGUGACACCAUACUACGCCGUAAAAGUGUGCUCAGACCCGGUUAUUCUUCGCACCAUGAAUUCACUGGGGGUCAGUUUCGACUGCUCUAACAAGAGAGAGUUGAAGACAGUGCUCGACAUGGGCGUAACACCCGACCGCAUCGUGCACGCCAACACAGUCAAGAGUACUUCCCACUUGAAGUACGCCUCUGAGCACGGUGUUACCUUGAUGACAUUCGACUCUGCAGAAGAGCUGGUGAGGAUGGAUGACAAGAACGCAAGAUUGUUGCUGCGCAUAGCAGCCAGCGAGUUCGGCAGCCGAUGGACGAUGAACGAGAAGUUCUGUGCUUACUCUCACGAAAUCGAGAAUAUUCUGAAGGUGGCUCUCAAGCUUGGCCGGAACGUGGUCGGAGUUGCCUUCCACGUGGGAUGCGCCUACCAUCAUCCGGACAUCUUCGUCAACACCAUCGAUCACGCCAAGCAAGUCUUUGACAUGGGCACCGAAAUGGGAUUUCGAAUGAACGUGCUUGACAUCGGCGGUGGAUUUCCGGGUGGAGUAAGAAAGCAGGAUACGCUGGCCAAGGUGUGCGAGGCUGUUCGGUUCACCAUCGAUAAGCACUUUCCGCCGUCCAGCGGGGUGAAGAUCAUCGCCGAACCGGGCCAGUUCUUUGUCACGGCAGCGUACAGCCUGGUCGUCCGAGUCGUCGGCAAGAGGCAGAGGGAAAUCAGCAUCGAUGGUGUCGUGUGCUCGCACGUGGAUGUCUUCAUCAACGAAAGUACGGAGAACUGCGUCUCGAGAUAUCUCUACCCGUUCUUGGAUAUUCAGCUCCAUCCCUUGACGCCACCGUUCGACAGACCCCGCAAUGUUGUCACAUCGCUGUGGGGAGCCACCUGCAACCCAAUUGACCGCAUGGAGGAAAGGACGCUCAUGUUCGACGUCACGGUGGACGAGUGGCUCUUCAUGGACAACAUGGGCCCCUACGGUCUGGUCAGGGCCACGGGUUUCAAUGGCUUCGGCUUCCCCUUGGUCAAGUACAGACUGUACAUAACCACUGUAGACAAAACGCCGCCCGUUCAAAGACUGGUGGACUCGAUGGUGAUGAGAGGAGGUUACGGUCAAGUCGAGGAAUCAAUCAUGGCUCGUCAUCCAAGCAAGCCCAUCCCGGUCGCCGACGCCGGCGCAGACGAAAAGGGCUUAGAAGCGUGA